AAAAUGAUUUCAACAAUACAAUAGAUGAUAGAAUUCCCUGAUGGGUUUAUAUCAUUUAAAUGUAAUGGAUUUUUGAGGUGUGAAGAUAUUAUAAUAUCACCAUAGGCAAAAUAGAAAAUUAAGCAGAUGCUACUGUGUACAAAUUUUCACUGAAUUUGUAAUAACUGACUAUCUCUUAAGUUGGAAUUUCUAUAGAUUGCCCUGGAAUUAACCCAAACAAAGACGAACCAUGAAAGUGAAAGAUGAUGCGUGUGCUAAAGCGUUUGAGAGUGUAUUGGACGAAGUUGGACAUUUUGGAUAUUUUCAAAAGAGAUUGUUUUUUCUAACAUCAUGUUUGCAAAUUCUAGCAACGCCAGUGAUUUUAUACUUUGGAUUUCUAACAGAAUUACCUGUAAUAUUUUCGUACCAAUGUAGUGAUACAAAUAAAACAUAUUCAGAAGAAAGAACGGGAACAUGUGUCAAUAUAUCUGUCGCUGGACCAAUUCAAAAUCUUCCACAGUGGAUGUAUACGAACCAGACUUCAGGAGAUGUAAAUGUAGUAUUUUACGUACAGACUACAGGCCUCAUACUCGGCACUAUCAUCGGUGGCUUUGUAGCUGACUUAUUGGGAAGGAAGCAUAUUUUAUUUUUGUCAUAUGCUAUUAUGAUGUUAUCACAUGCCUUAGUAGCAGCAUGUUCAGAUUUUGUAUGUUUUGGUACAGGUCGAUUUGUAACAAACUUUUUUGCAGGAUCUUUCAUCGUGCCAUCAACUGUCCUUUACGUGGAGUAUCUAGGACGUAAUUGGAGAGAUAUAUGCAUCUGCACAUGUAUGUGGUGGUUUGGUACGAUCAUACUGAGUAUAGGGGCUGUUAUAACACAUGACUGGAGGUAUCUCGCUGUGAUAUUUGGGGUUCUGGGAGUACCUAUGAGUGGAUUUUAUUUUUUAUUUCCAGAAAGUUUUAGAUGGUAUUGUUGUAGACAGAAAUUCAAUGAGGCUGAACAUAUUCUGAGGGAAAUGACAUCAUGCAACUCUCAUAAAAAGCCGGAUGUGACAUCAGUAUGUGAUAAUAUUACCAUGGCUGUGAUUAACACCAUGCGUGUCAGAACAUAUACAUAUCUAGACAUUUUUAAAACAAAACGUCUGAUAACCAGCAUAACCAUUCUUUCUUGUGCAAGUUGUAUUAGUUGUAUUGUGUACCGGUGUUUAAUGGAGAGAGUAUGGGACUUAACAAAUAACAUUUACAUAGACAACAGCCUAAGAUACAUAGUAGAUUUACCUAUAAUAUUUUCUGCAAUGGUAAUUAGCAAAUGCAUUGGUCGUCGAUGGUGUAUAUUUCUAUAUGCCAUGUCCUCUGGAUUUGCUAUGAUGUGUGUUAUUGUACUGACAGUAGUAGAUGGUCUUCUUAAGGACGAAGAGAUCAUUACUGGAAUUGCCUUAUUUGGUAAACUGGGAGUGGCAUCAACCAUUAUUUUUCUGUUUUUGGUGGCUUUGGAGGUUUUCCCAACCACAAUAAGAUGUAUGGGAACAGCUUUAGUUUUUACAAGUUGCAUUUGUGGAUUAACAGUUGGAAGAUACAUCUGUACAGUUCUAAAUCAGUCAUUUCAUUACACAUCAACCUUUAUUGGAUAUGGUACUUUCAUGUGUUUCGUUGGCUUCAUCUCAUUAUUACUACCAGAAACGUAUAAUCAACCAUUACCAGACAUAGUCAAAAGUCGUCAUCGAAUAAUCGCAUCGCAAGAUCUUACUCGAAUAGCACAUGACUGGAACAAAAUGUAAUAAAAUAUUGAAAAAUUA